AUGGAGGGACCGGCAGCCGCGGAGGUGUACGAUACCAAUCGCUUCUCCCAGCUCUACCAUGCCUCGCGCCGCCCCUCGCCCGAGCAUCUCGGCCUCGCUGCCGAUUUUCUCUUCUCCCUCUUUGACCGCCAUUCUAUUCUUUUUGCAUUUCUGGGUGGCUGGGCCGUGUACUUGAGGGGCGGUUCGCGCCGGACCGAAGAUGUCGAUGUGAGCGUAGACACUGACAUGGAUGGCCUAACGGCUAUAUUGAUGCCGGAAGAAAGGAUUUGCGUACCAAAAACCCACGGCAACACUUGUAUACAAGUUUUCGUCCACACUGGGGGUCGGUGGGAUGAUGAGUUCUCGUCCAUACCAGAGCUCCCCGUGAGCGUGGACAUUAUAAUCUGUGGGAACCUUGGUAUCCCCUCCAAUCUAUCCGAGGCGACAGAGAUGAUCACGCCCACCGUGAGCGUAGACCUUGGAUUGCAUACAGGCCAGGCUGUCCCCGUUAUAGACCUCUACCACCAGUUCUCUACUAAGCUGCAUGUUCAUUACGAGCGGCGCAACAACGGCCAAACCGAUGAUUACGUGGACCUCGAGUUCCUUGCCGAGAAUUACUCUCCCGAGAUAUGGAGGCUCCACCCGUACCUGAAUCGGGAUCACCGCUUGGCCUUCUGGCAAGACUUUGCCAUCCGGCAUCACGACGAGUACGACCGCGUGGAGCAUAUGGAGAUGAUAUUGGGGUUAUCUUCUUGA